GAUUUAAAACAGAAUUGUGGUGAAAUGCCUACAAACAAAAAAAAGAGAAGAAUGUGCCCAUGACCACAGGGAUUCGCUGGAGAAGACAGCAAAGGGAAGAAGGAAAUAUCGGAAGAAAACAUCCAUCUGUCAGUAUGGGGCACGAAAAGGAUUAAACUUCGUAUCACCACUAAUGAAACAGGCGUCAUCUUGGCUCUACUAGAGCCAGCUGAUACCGAAGAAGUGUAAUGACCGCUUGCACCAGUUUAUAGAGAAUAAAACAAAACGCAGUGUACAGAUUUUAUCACAGAAUUCGCAACAGAUAGAAAAAAAAAGAUUUAAACGAUUACGUGACACUAUUUUUUUAAUUAAAUGUCUUUUAGUGUAUGAUUUGAUUUUAAGUUUACUCAAGUGCAUAGCAAAAGGUCGCAUUACAAAAUAGGAUGUCACAUUAAAAUUAGAGAUACUGUUCAAUUAUUCGUACUUAACUCUUUAUUAUAUAAAAAAAUAGUACAUACUGUACUAUAUUGAGUUUUUAAAACGUUAUGCAUCUAUUCCUAUCCUGACUAAGAUGACUAAACAAACAUUAUUACAUGCUUAUAGACAUGCCCAAAAUCUUAAUUUGAUAGUUAAAAAAAUAAAUAAAAUCUCACUGUUAAUAAGAGCAUAAGAAAUUCAUGAAAGUCAUUAGGCCCCCUGAUGCUCACUCGCUUUGGUGCCAGCGUGACCCGUUAGCACUCAGGAGAAGAACAACAAACCCCUCUAACCAGGUUAGUAGGGGAAAUGAAACCUCUGGGAAUCUGUGGCUGGACUGUCCGUCCUUCUUCCAGGAGGCUAGCUAAAGGUCUUAAUUGUGGUCAAAUUUCCAAGUACACUAUACUGUAAUUGUACCAUUAAUCAUGCAAGACUGGAGUUCCUAGUGAUACAGUGGUAGUAUUAAACAAAAUGCACUAUACAGUAGUUUUGAGAGCUAAUGUCUAACGACUUUGCAGUCUCACAAAAGUAUACAAUAUACUUUGGUAAUUGUGCAGGUUAAUUUACCAGCGGAUGUGUAAUUCUUAUAUUAAUCUUAUAUUUACUACAGUUUACCAUGGUUUUACUUCAAGUUUUAUUUUCUUCUGGUAAAGGGAGAGUUUGAAUAAAGUAGCUCCUUUUUAAUUAAAAGUGAGGCAUUUUCAAUUACAGGACACUUUCAAACAACAAUUUGGUUGCACAGUGCAAUAAAAUCAACGGAUUGAAGGAUUGAAAUUACAGACAAGCUUUCUUCAUCUUUCACUCACUAGUCCUGUAGGUGAAAAGAACUGGAUGAUCGGUGACGUGUUUGCCCAUUGCUAUAAAUCUGAAAUGCAACUGGGCUUUUAUACAACAGGUAACCUGGAGACAGGUAGAUACAAUAUACAGACACACCUCUAUGUACCUAAGAACUUACUGGAGAAAUAGUGUAGAUACUUCACUUUGUGUUGUAUAAGGAACAGUAGAUCCCAGUAUUAAGAAUUCAUUUAAAUAACUCUACGAACUGUGAACCUGAUUGUCAGAUUGCUGCUUUGAUAAAAUAAAAAAAUAAAAAAUAAAUAAACAUUUUCAGUUGAAAGCCCUUUGGAAAGAACUGAGUACUUAUUUAAUCAAGCUAAAGAGAUGCUCUCUUGGAAGUGCUAUAAUUGUGAGCGGUGUGGCAGUGACUUUGCCAGCCCCAUGGCUCUAAAGCAGCACUUCAGAGCUCGACACGUUGGCAAGGAAAUGUGUGACCGGUGUGGGAGUGAGGUCGAGAGAGAGAAGCUGCAGGAACAUGAGCAGGCUCACUAUGAAGAGACACAUGGAGCCCAGAAGCCUUCAGUCAGGACUACCCCGCUGCGUAGAGAGUCCCGCUUCCUGGCCUCCCAGACCUCAGUCACCUGCAGGAUGUGCCGGAGAGCUUUUGGGACCAGUUUUGGCAGAGAGCAACAUGAGAGGCAGGAUCAUCAUUUCACUGCCAGCAAAAGAGCUAGAAUGUCCACAGGAUUUUCACCAAACAGCAUAGUGGAUAUGAAAAGCUCCCAGCAGCUUGAGCAGUUUGUGGAAACGUGGCUCAGACCAGAGUUAGGGCUGAUGAAGACAGCCUGUGCUGGAGAAGUGGAGGCUCUGAUGGAGCUAAUUGAACAGUGCUGCCCGGUGCAUGUCUCCCGCGUGGUCAAGGGAGGGUCCUGUAUUAAAGGCACAGAUACACAGGACUGGUCUGACGUAGACGCUGUGCUGUUCAGUGACUCCUUCACGAGUCUGGAUGACUGCAGGAGGAGCCUCACACCAGCACUGGCAGCUCUAGAAAAAAACUUGAAGGAGACUGCGAUGACUAACAGGAUAUUGAUGGAAAAGAAGACGCCAUUCGCCCUGAGAUUUCAGUUCAAGUGUUUUAACAAUACACACAGUCACCAUUUCGAUGUCAUGUUGUGCUAUGAUACCCUGGGCCCCAGGCCAUCCAAAGAUGAUAAACGGAUGCUGUUCAGGAGGCUGUGUAACUGCGGGCACAGUGACGAGGCUCAGCUGCUCUCCCUUUCCCUGCUGCAAUACCAGGUGGAUUUUGUGAAGGCUGCUACACUGGGAGUCAAGGAUCUAAUCCGUUUGGUUAAGCACUGGUUCAGGACAUCCUUUGCCAAACCCAGCAAAGAAAACAGGUUCCGCCGGCUGCCUUCCUCCUACACGGUGGAGUUGCUCACCCUGCAUGCCUGGCAGCUGGCCGGGAAGCCCAUUUUCUUCAGUCUGCUCCAGGGCCUGAGAGCCGUCCUCAGACUCCUGCUGCGCUGUACGGAGCUCUGCAUCCUCUGGGAUGAGCUCUACACUCCCUACUGCCAGGUAGUCAGGAAGACACUGCAGCAACAAACCAGGCCAUUUAUUCUGGACCCAGCCAAUCCAACAUUCAACGUGUGUGAGAACUGCAAUGCCUGGGACGAGGUAGCUGUGGUCGCCCGGCAGAGCCUGCUGAAGCCUCUGCUGAAUGGUGUGCAGGCGAGUGGCCCCUGGCUCUUCACAGACUCCUGGUAGAAACAGACACUCAGAAUAACACUGUUCUGUGUUUCUGGACGAAUGUGUUGUUUAGAAAACAAGCCUAAAAACAACAUAGACAGUUAGACAGUCCUUUAUUUAGAAAAAAAUGAAUUUACAAGUGUGUCAUGCUUAAGUUGCUAAUUGUACAGAUUUCUCCAUAUUUAUUUUAUUUUGUAUCUUUUCUUUGCACAAGGAAAAAGCAAACCAACCUCAAAAGAGACAUUGUAUCUGAUUUCCUGUUUGAUGCCCUCACAAGGAAGUUAUGCAAUUGUGUAACUGUAAGGAGACACAGACAAAUCUGCUGAGAAAAGAGUAACUUUUAGAACACCCAAGAAUUAUUUUCCAGUCGCCGUGUCUCCUGUGAGUCACCAGAUUACAAGACUCCCACAUGAUUAUACUGCAGCAAGCCACUGAUCACUGACAAAGCAGACUGGAAACACUUCUGAAAGGGCAGCUGCUGUCUUUUUAUUAAAAAAUGGUAACGCUUUCUUUUGUGUUACUGUUAAAUUCAGUUAUAUUUGAAUAGUCACUUAAAUAUUUACCGUGCAAAAUAAAGCGUUGCAAAACAUAGCACUUGUUAAUGAAUUAAGUGACUGGUUAUUGAUUUCAUUAAUGUUUUGUUGAAACCAAGCAUGUGUUCAUUUUGAUGUGUAGUUUUUUUAAUUAAUGAGGGGUUUGCUAAUUGAGACAGACAUAUCAGGAGAGGCUGUGUGAUCCGCAAUGUGCUGGAGUGCUAAACCUUUCAGAAAACAUGCUGUAUUGAUUUUAGAAAUGUAGAAGUAUGUAUUAUUAAAAUAUUUCUAUUACA